AUGGCCUCACGUGCCGACCGCCAAGCAGCCAAGCCACAGCGCCGCCCCAAACGCCGCUGCCUUUUCCAUGCACCUUUCCUAUCUCACUUUCUCCAUCUCUCUCCAACAUUUGCCGUCAUCAUGGCGAUCUGUAUCACCUUUGGCACCCAUGAAUUCACCUCCAUGCUGGAGGGCUACGAGAAUGUCCGAGCUUACUGCUACAACUGCCAACACUGGAAUGGACAUUGCCUAACCCGAUGGCCCUUCUUCACUGUGUGCUUCAUUCCCGUGAUCCCGCUAGCCACACAUAAGUACAAGGAGGUUACUUGCUACACUUGCCGCUUUACUCAAGACCUACGGGAUCGGCCUGAUAUCACGCCGGAGACAAGACCACCUCCACAUAUGCAAUGGGGUCCCCAGCCUCCCCCUGGCGCUCAAUGGCAGCAACCUCAACUGCAGUCGCCUCCAGUGGCUCACGGAGCCCAGCAAAUGCCUGAGAGCUACAAGUGA